AUGUCCGUCACUGGAAUAAGCCAAAACCAAACCACUAUUUCUAAACGAACCCAAAUUAAAAUAAAAACUCUUCCUAAUAAUUUUAGCUUCAAGGUAUCUGCCUUAGUUAUACCUAAAAUAACCCAACCAAUCCCUCAAUUAUCAAUCAAUGCUUCCAACCUAAAUAUCCCAAGUGAUCUUAUUCUUGCUGAUCAAGAAUUUUUAAAUUCUGCCUCUAUUGACCUACUUUUAGGUGCAGAAUUUUUCUAUAGUCUACUUAAACCUAGCCAAAUUAAACUGGGCAAAUACAAACCUAUCUUACAAGACACCACACUUGGAUGCGUUGUAAGUGGACCUAUUCCUAUAUCCUUAUUUAACUUAAAUCUCCAACCUCAGACUUCAAAUGCUUUAACCUGCACCACCUUCGAUAAUGCUCUUAAGAAAUGUCUAGAACUUUUUUGGAACUCUGAAGAAACCACCGAACAACUUCAAAUCAAUAAUAAAUAUUCUCUGGAGGAAACAGAGUGUGAAAACCAUUUUCAGUCCUCCACACGCCGGGAUCCUGCAGGAAGAUUUAUUUUAAAUCUACCUCUUAACUCCAAUGUGUCUAUACUUGGAGACUUUUUACAAACCGCAUUUAAGCGUUUUAACAGCCUAGAACAAAAACUUGCUAAAAACCCUGAAAUAAAAAAAUCUUACUCUGAUUUUAUAUCUGAAUACGUUUCUCUCGGACAUAUGUCCGAAAUUAACCCGAUUAAUGAUACUCACCUUUCUUAUCCAGCCUAUUACUUAUCUCACCACUGCGUUGAAAACUCCGAUAGCCUCACUACACGGCUCCGAGUUGUGUUUGAUGGCUCAUCUGCUUCUUCUUCCGGCUUCGCUAUUAAUGAUUGCCUCAAAAUUGGACCCACUGUUCAAAAUGAUCUAUUUACCAUCCUACUACGUUUUCGAGAACACAACUACGUUUUAACUGGAGACAUCGCCAAGAUAGUACCAGCAAUUUUUAAUUAA